AUGACUGGCCGCGGCAAGGGAGGAAAAGGUCUAGGAAAGGGUGGCGCCAAGCGUCAUCGCAAGGUUUUGCGUGAUAACAUCCAGGGAAUCACCAAGCCCGCUAUCCGUCGUCUGGCUCGUCGUGGAGGAGUCAAGCGUAUCUCCGGUUUGAUCUACGAGGAAACUCGUGGUGUUCUGAAGGUGUUCCUGGAAAAUGUGAUCCGUGACGCUGUUACCUAUACUGAACACGCCAAGCGGAAGACCGUCACUGCCAUGGACGUCGUCUAUGCCUUGAAACGCCAGGGACGCACUCUGUACGGUUUCGGAGGUUAA